AUGAAUUCAUCUUCAGAGAAAAACAACAGAGAUUAUGCUGGACUCACAAUCUCAAAUAUAGGUGUUAAUGGAAGACCAUCUGUAGACAGGAAUGCUAAGCAGAUACUGAUAUUGGCUGGGUGGUUGAGGAGUAUUUUCCCUGGUCUAAACUUGCCAAUCAAUGCUUCUGAUGAGGACCUCAAAGCAUGCUUAUUGGAUGCUAAUGUCUUGUCCCAAAUUCUGAACAAGCUAAAAAAGCCUGGUCCUGCAAAAGAGGGAGGUUAUGUUAUCCAUAAUUUGGCUUCACGGUCGGAGAAGAUCAAGAGGUUCCUUGAAGCUGUAGCCGACAUGGGGAUACUGAAGCUUGACAAUGCCGACAUUGAAGAUAAUGCUCCAACGCAGUCACUUUUGAGUGUGGUGAAUGGAAUUCUUGAUGAAAGUGUGGAGAAAAAGAAUGGUGAACUUCCUCAUCGUGUGGCAUGCCUGUUAAGAAAAGUCGUUCAAGAAAUCGAGCGCCGUAUUUCUACUCAAGCGGAACAUCUUCGAACUCAAAACAAUCUUUUCAAGGCUCGUGAAGAGAAAUUCCAGUCUCGAAUAAGAGUGCUCGAGGCACUUGCAUCAAACAUUAAUGAAGAAAAUCAGCGUGUUCCUAGCUAACUUUAACAAACAAAACAAUUUGAGAAGACAAAAACAGAAGAAAAGAAGACUUUUUCCAAUGAGGACAUGACUAGGUUGAUUAAAGAAAGAGAUGAAUUCAAAGCAGAGAUCAUACUCUUGAAGCAAGAGAUGGAAACAACUAAGAAAACAUAUGAAUUGCGUUGCUUGCAAGUGGAAAUGGAAGAUGGUGAGGAUAUGAGUAGGUUGAUUGAAGAAAGAGACGAAAGCAAAGUAGGGAUCAUGAUGUUGAAUCAAGAAUUGGAAAUAGCUAAGAAAACAAAUGAAUUACGUUCUUUGCAAGUAAAAACGGAAACAGAUGAGGAUAUGGCUAGAGUGAUUAAAGAAAGAGAUGAAGGUAGAGAAAAAAUCACAAAGUUGAAACAAGAUUUGGAAAGAACUAAAGAAAUGUAUGAAUUGCAUUGCUUGCAAGUGGAAACAGAAAAAGGGGAGGAUGUGAGUAAGUUGAUUAAAGAGAGAGAUGAAAGCAAAACCGAAAUCACAAUGUUGAAGAAAGAAUUGGAAAAAGCUAAGAACACUUAUGAAUUGCACCGCUUGCAAGUGGAAGCAGAAAAAGGGGAGGAUGUGAGUAGGUUAAUUGAAGAAAGAGAUGACAGUAAAGCAGAGAUUAUGAACUUGACGCAAGAGUUGGAAAAGGCUAAGAACACUUAUGAAUUGCAUCGCUUACAAGUGGAAGCAGAAAAUGAUGUGGGUAUGACUAAAUUGAUUAAAGAAGGAGAUGAAAGCAAAGUAAAGAUCAUAACAUUGGAGCAAGAAUUGGAAACAGCUAAAAAGAUGUUUGAAUUGCGUUGCUUGCAAUUAGAAACGGAAAAAGAUGAGGAUGUGACUAAGUUGAUUAAAGAAAGAGAUGAAUGUAAAGCAGAGAUAGCAAUGCUAAAGCAAGCAUUGGAAACAGCUACAAAGACGUAUGAAUUGCGUUGCUUGCAAGUGGAAACAGAAGGGAAAUCUGCUCAAUCAAUGUUUGAGGAAAGGAUUAAAGAACUUGAAGAUCUCUUGGAAGAUUCAAGUAACGAAGUGCAAAAACUUACAGCAAGUAUUGAAUCAAAGCAAAAUAAAUGGAAUGCAAAAGCAAACAGCUACAGGCGUAUGGUAGAAUUUCAAUGCAAUCUACUGCAGGAUGUUAGAUGCUCCUCAGAGUCUGUUAAAGAAGAGGUUUUGAGAGUGAAGCUGGACUACUCGAACGAUGUCAACCAAUUAGGGCUCAAACUCAAAUCAGUAGCACAUGCAGCUGGAAACUAUCAUGGAUUGCUGGUUGAAAAUAGAAAAUUGUUCAAUGAGCUACAGGAUUUAAAAGGAAACAUCAGAGUGUUUUGUCGAAUAAGGCCGUUUUUGACCGGGCAUAAAGACAAACGGAUGACCAUAGAAUAUAUUGGUGAAAAUGGAGAAGUGGUAAUAGCAAACCCCACCAAGCCUGGGAAAGAAGGUCAAAAGUUAUUUAAGUUUAACAAGGUGUACAGCCCAGCUUCAACUCAAGGCGAGGUCUUUUCUGAUAUCCAACCUUUGAUACGAUCUGUACUUGAUGGAUAUAAUGUAUGCAUAUUCGCCUAUGGCCAAACUGGCUCCGGAAAGACAUAUACAAUGACCGGUCCUAAUAAUGCUACUAAGGAGAACUGGGGAGUUAACUAUCGUGCGCUCAACGACCUUUUCGAAAUCUCUCAAAAUAGAAGUGGUGCCAUUUCUUAUGAAGUGGGGAUUUUGACUCAUUCCCAACCAUUUGGACUUGCGGUACCUGAUGCUACCUUGCUUCCAGUGAACUCAACCUCAGAUGUUAUAGAACUAAUGGACAUUGGACUGAGAAACAGAGCAGUUGGCGCCACGGCCAUGAACGAAAGAAGUAGUCGGUCACAUAGUAUUGUGACUAUUCACGUUCGUGGGGCGGAUUUGAACGGUGGUUCCUCAUUGCAUGGUAAUCUUCAUUUGGUAGAUCUUGCUGGAAGCGAGCGGGUCGAUCGCUCUGAAGUUACAGGAGAUAGACUCAAAGAAGCACAACACAUAAACAAAUCAUUGUCUGCACUUGGAGAUGUCAUUUUUGCUCUAGCACAAAAGAGCUCUCAUGUUCCAUAUAGAAAUAGCAAGCUCACUCAAGUCCUUCAAAGCUCUCUUGGUGGUGAAGCAAAGACGGUCAUGUUUAUACAACUUAAUCCUGAUAUGAACUCAUAUUCUGAAUCUUUGAGCACACUCAAGUUUGCGGAGAGAGUUUCGGGAAUCGAGCUAGGAGCAGCUCGGAGCAGCAAGGAAGGAAGGGAUGUUAGAGAGCUAAUGACCCAGGUGGCAUCUCUGAAAGACACUAUCAGCAAAAGGGAUGAUGAGAUUGAGAGGCUACAAGUUCUCAAAGACUUCAAGAACAAUGUGUACAACAGUAGCAGCACCGAGAAGCGCAGCACGACUUCUAUGAACAAAGACGUGUUCGGCGGAGUGGCAACAACUCAGAAGCCUUCAGGUGGAAAGAGCUCAGGAGGAGCACAGGAGGAGCUGUUUGACGUGCGCUCGGAAGGCGACUCGCAGCAUUUGAUGGAUGAUGUGAGGAAUCAUAAUGAAGUUAUUCGGCCACUAGACAUAGGUCAGAAUAUUAUUGAAGGUGCUGAAACAUUAGGAUUUCCUGAUGCAGAUUAUGAAGAAAGUCUAAUGGACAUACCUGAUGAUGCUCUUUCUGUUGAAACAGAAAAUGAUGCAACUACAGAAAGACCGAAGCUCACUCAACUCACUCAACUCACAAGACCAGUAAAGAAGUUGGAAAAGGCCAGAUCUACCACUACUCAUACUAGGAUCUCGCAAAAACAGCCACAAACUGCUUCAACUACACCGCCAGGAUCCAAGGAGCAUUCAAGGUCAUACUCAGCACCAAGUAUGUAA